AUGGAUGACCUCAAACGAAAAUCAUCUUUUAAUUGUUUAUCAAAGAAAUUCCGACAAGAAAUGGAUCGAUCGAUAACUUGUAUUGAAAACUUAUCGAAUGAAUGUUUUCAUGAAAUAUUUGAUUAUCUUGAGGCGUGCGAAAUAUACGAAGCAUUUUCAAACUUAAAUUAUCGUUUUCAACAACUUCUAAAUUCUUCAGCCCUUUUAUUGAAAAUCAAAUUUGAUCUUUCCACAUCAGAAGAAAUGUUUAGAGAUAACUAUGAACAAAUUAUCGUUCACAGCAGACAUCAAAUAUAUUCAAUUGAUUUAUGGAUAAUGGAAAAUUGGUUUCUGACAAUGUCGUUGUGUCUCAUUAAUUCUUCAUGUAAUCGCCUCGAAUCACUUAUUCUUGUUGGAAUUGAACUAGAUAUGCUUCGUCGACUUCUUACUCAUUACACUUGUUUACCUCGUUUAUUUUCAUUAGGCAUUGAUACAAAAUUUAGUUUCACAUUAGGAGAAUUAAGCGAUAUUUAUCAGUUAAUUUUUGCUUUACCAAAAUUAAAAUCUGUCGAAUUUUCAACAGAUAUAUUUGAUGAUUCUAACUCAACACUUCCAUUAUUGAUUGCUACUAAUGAACAAUUUAGUGGCAUUAAACGUCUUUAUAUAGGUCAUGCUUGUAGCUUUAAAGAACUAUUUUCUAUAAUAUCUUAUACACCUGAACUUUGUCGUUUGAAACUAUCAUAUGCAAGCGAUGAUGAUGAUGAAGCAUAUACUGAAAACGUAUUACCAAUUUCAUUGUCAAAGUUAAUCGAUUUUUCGAUAGAUCGAUAUGAAAUGAGGUUUGAUGGAUUUCAAUGGUUUAUUAAAAAUAUAUUUUGGAAAUUAAAAGUUUUACAUCUUAAUUUUGAAUACGAAGAUAUCAAAUGUUUCGAUGCUAAUCAAUGGGAACAAUUAAUUCGGCAACAUUUACCUCAAUUGAAAAAUAUUUACUUGACAUAUUAUGAACGUAUUAAUGAUGAACAUAAUAUUCUGAAAAACGCUGGUCAGCUUAAUCAAUUCUUUUCCUCUUUUUGGACUGAACGACAAACGAUAAUGGAAAUUGAAAUUCAUGAUGAACAUAUUAAAUAUGUAAUUGGUCCACAUAGAAAAUCCUGGUAUGAAUAUUUACAAAAUAAUAUUGUCAAUUCUUCUGUGCAGCUUAUUCUUCGAAAUGUUAAUUUUGAAGAAUAUUUUCCUUUAGUAAAAUCGCAUAUUGAUGAUAUAUUAACUGUUGGACAAAUUUAUCAUUUGGAAGUUUCGAAAGUUUGCAGUAAUACAUUUAUUGAAAUUAUAAAUUUACUACCUAAACUUGAUUCAUUAAAAAUUUCUUCUUUAUCGUUAAAACAAUCAAGCUGCUUAUCUGUUGACGAAACUGAACUGCAUAUUGUAAUAUCGAAUAAAAAUCAAAUAACAAAAGUCAAUUUGGAAACGAUUACUAAUAUCGAAGAAGUUAAUUUUUUUCUUGAACUUUGUCCUCACAUUAUAUAUCUCAAAGUAGAUUUCAUAAAUAAUAUAGAUAUGGAAUUAUUUGUACGUCAUAUUUUGAUAAAAAUUACCACAAUAUGCAAUCAUCAACUGCGAUUAUUGUGUUUUUGUAAAUCUGCUGCAGAUGAUCAAAUGAUUAAAACAUUACAAACAAUGAUUUAUUCAGAAAAACUUCUGUUGGAUUAUACGAUUAAACGAAUAGUGAAUAGUAUCUAUUUAGAAUGGAAAUAA